AUGCUUAUAGUAUCUAAACAUUUAAAACAACAAUUUACUAAAAUGAAUACAACAGCUACUAAAACAACUACAACUACAACUACAACUACAACUACAACUACAACUACAACUGCAUCCACAUCUACAUCUACCAGAAAAUUUAAUAAUAUCAAAAUUGAUGAUACGCUAAUACCCACGACUUCAUUAUCAUUACCGAAAAAUUAUGAUGCUUUUAAAUAUAGGAGAUGGAUUCAUUUAAAUGAGUAUAAUUCAGAUCCAAAUACUAAAAUUAGUAUAAUGACAUUUAAUUUAUUGUCAAGGCAUUAUUUAUGGAAACAAAUAUUUGGAUAUUUAGAUCAAAAAUAUUUGCAUUGGUCAAAUUAUCGAUUUCCUUUAAUAAAUGAAACUAUUAAACAAUUUUCAACAGAUAUAAUGUGUUUUCAAGAAAUGGAAUAUGCAAUUUAUAAACAAUAUUGGAGUAAAAACUUCCCAAAUGAAAAUUUUAAAUCAUUUUUUGUGCAAAAAUCAUUUUGGAAUACUACUUGCUCAAAUAAUAAUAGUGAAUUUAUUGAUGGAGUUGCAAUUUUUAUAAAUUCAAAAAGAUUUGACGUUUUAGAUCAAAUUGAAAUUAAUUUUGGUAAGUUGAUACUUGAAAAUAAAAAGGAAUAUGAUAUUAUAAUGGAUUUAUAUGAGAGAGUAAUAAAGAAAAAUACUGUAGCUUUAAUACUUAAAUUAUAUGAUAAAUUAUGUGAUAAAGUAGUUUAUAUAUCAAAUACUCAUCUAUAUUGGUCGCCCGAUUUUAAUGAUGUCAAAGUUUUACAAACAAAAUUGUUAAUAAAUGAAUUGGAAAAAUUUAUUACUGAGACUGAUCCUUAUAUUAUAAUGUUGGGAGAUUUAAAUUCAAAUUUGCAAUCAGAUGUAUGUAAGUUAUUAAGUCAUAAACUGAUAAAUAUAAAUAAUUCAUUAAGUUUUAAAAAUUUGAAUUAUGGUAAAAAUUAUAAAAUAAUAAAUAAAGAUGGAAUUAUUCAAAAUCCAUUCAAUUUUACAAAUGUAUAUGAUUCAUUAUUACAAACUAAUCAGUUACAUUUUACUAGUUAUAUUCAAAGUUUAACAGAUGUUUUAGAUCAUAUAUAUAUAAGUAAAGAUAAAUUUAUUGUUAAUAAAAUAUUAAGUGAAGUUGAUGAGAAAUAUUGUUCUAAUUGUAAGAUUAAAGGGUUUCCAAAUAAUCAAUUUCCAAGUGAUCAUAUACCAUUAUGUACUGAGAUUAGUUAUAAAUAG